AACCUAACAACCAACCCUCCAGUCUUCACCUUCUUUGAUCUCCAUCUCCUUCUUCCACAUCAUAUCACUUCAUGGAACCUCAACCUCAAACCCUAGAUUUCGCCUCCACCGUCGACACCUCCUCGGCUUUCCGCUCCGUCAAGGAAGCCAUCGCCGUCUUCGGCGAGCGCCUUCUCGUCAAAGAAAUCGGCUCUCCCUCGCCCUCGCCAGCUUUGAAGCCGAUCAAGCGAGAGAAUUCGUGGAGGUUCACGUCGAGUCCGGUGACGACGACAGCGAUAAAGGGAGAAGAUGAUGUUAGUUACAACUACAACGAUCAUCAGAAGAAUUAUAACAAUAAUAAUAGCAAUGGACUUUUGGAAACCCUAAAGAAGGUUGAAGCAGAGCUGGAGGAGACGAAGAUGGAGCUGAAGCAGUUGAAGGAAAGAGAGAAUGAUACGGAGGUGGCAUUGGCGACACUCAACGCAGAGCUUCACAAGAACAUGUCGAAGCUGGCUCAGGCUGAGGCGGCCGCCGCUGGGAAGGCCGCGGGGAAAACGGUGAGGUUUGAUGAGAGGCUGAAUCAUUACAAGGACGAUGAUCAUGAUUAUGUUAACAAAGGAGAGAUUGUGAUAGAGGAAGAAGAAGUGAAGAAGAAGAAGAAGAAAAAGGAAACUCUGGCUCAGAUUCUAAGUGUUGGGGAGAGAGAAAGUUAUAAUAAUAAUUAUUAUUAUUUGGGAGAGAAAAUGGGGGAAAGAAAAAUGAAGAAGAAGAUGAAGCCAAUAAUUCCACUCGUGGGCGGGUUUUUUUCUAAGAAAAAAGGAUCUCCUACUAAUCACCAUAAUCCUCUCUAUGCGUCUCCUUUCUUCUAUGAUUGAAAAAUUAUCAUUAAAUACAUGUUUGCAUUUUGGGUUUUAAUUUUGUCGUUUUGUCAACAAAAUGUAUUUCUUUUUUUCUAUUUUUUAAUUUGUUUAAUUCUUGGUAAAUGUACUGUGUGUAAAAAAACCAAUGUAUGCCUAUGUAACAUACAAUUUUAUAUCUUUAGUCA